GGAAGGCAUGAAUAAUGCAACACUGAUGGUGAUUUCGACAUAACAACUUUUCGCAAACCCCUAAAGUGUAAAACCAUAUAUAUCUGUUGUGUAGUGUUGACCCGACCACUUAUUCCACUGCAGCAAUGUCUGGCCCAGAGUGCUGCCAAAACCCACCGGCGCCCUCCUCCGGCGGAGAAUCCGGUGAUCUUUUACAAAUCGCAUCUCUCAAUUCCUAUGUUUCCGGCAACCCUGAUUCCAAAGUCGCCGUUAUUCUUAUUUCCGAUGUUUAUGGUUAUGGAGCUCCGAAACUGAGGCAACUUGCAGACAAAGUUGCAGCUGCUGGAUAUUAUGUACUUGUUCCGGAUUUCUUCUAUGGCGACCCGUUGACUCCCGGAACCAACAUAGAAGAUUGGCUAAAAAACCAUGCGCCCGAGCAAGCGGUUGAUUUUGCUAAACGAGUUAUACAGGCUCUGAAAGAGAAGGGUGUAACUAAAAUUGGGGCUGCGGGUUUUUGUUGGGGCGCUAAGGUGGUUGUAGAGCUAGCAAAGGAUGCUGAAAUACAAUUUGCUGCACUCUUGCAUCCUUCGUUUGUCACUUUAGAUGAUAUCAAGGGGGUUAAGAUCCCGAUAGGGAUACUAGGUGCUGAGAUCGACAAACGAUCUCCACCAGAACUCGUGAAAGAAUUCGAGGCUGCACUAGUCGCAAAUGAGGUUAAUAACUUUGUAAAAAUAUAUCCUGGUGUCGCACAUGGUUGGACCGUUAGAUAUAAAGACGAGGAUGCAGCAGAAGUGAAAUGUGCAGAAGAGGCUCAUCAGGAUCUUGUGGAUUGGUUUGGGAAGUGUCGUCAUUAGACAUAUGAUUAAAUCUGUUAAACCCUAAUCAAUCAUAUGUAAUAAAGGAGGGAUUUGGAUGUUUGAGUAGUUCCUUAAAAACUAAAUAAAGUGUGUUUGAAGAUAUUAAGGUCUAAUGUUGAACUCUUUGCAUGAGCACCUACCUAGCUUUGUGCAAAGUUUCUA